AUGAAUUUUCCUACAACAAGUUGUGUUUUACUGGCAGUGUUUUCUGCUGAAUUUCUUACAACACAAGCUGAAUUCUACUCAAAAUUUUUGGAUUUCAUCGAAAAUAUCAAAAAUUUGGAGAAAUUUGAUAGUAUUCUUUUUCUGAAAUCAUCUGAGGAAACUUAUUUUGAUGAAAAGUUGAUAGAAGAAGUUGGUAUUCCAGUAAUUCUUGCAACUGAAAAUUCUUCAUUUUACUUGAAACAAAAUUUCAAUGAAAAUCUUCUAACAAUAAUUCAAUUUGAUGAAGAGAGUGCUGCUGCGGAAGAACUUCUUCAACGACUUUCAGAAAUUCUUCAACAUCUUCGAUUUUGUAAGACAAUUUUCAUGCUAAAGAGUUUUUUAAGAAAUGAUGUGGUACUCAAGAGACUAUUCAAUUUCUGCUGGCAGAAUAGAAUGAUCAAUGUUGUAGCAGUUUUUCAAAAUUUCGGAACUUCUUCGAUUUUUUAUAGCUACAGUAAUUUCGGAAUGUUCAAAAUUGAAGAAUUCACUUGGAGCAAGGAAGAUUCUGUUGAUGUUUUUCCAGAUCGAAUGCGAGAUCUUCAUAGAAUAACAUUACCAAUUCUUUUCGGAGGAUCAGAACCAGGAGUGAUACUUUCAGGAAACGUUAAUAGUAGUAAAAUAGCUGGUGGUUUGAUUUGGCAUUUCUUCCACGCUUUUGCUAAGAGACAUAAUGCCAAAUUGAACAGGUCAAGUGUUAGCACUACCUUAUCCUCAAAUCAAAUGCAUCGUCUUGUGUUUAAUGAAACAAUCGAAAUAGCAGGUGCUAGUAUGAUAGUGGUGCAGUAUCCAAUUGAAUGGUAUUCUUAUCCUUACCAAAUGUACGAUGUAAGUGUUAUUCUACCUUUGGAGCCAAGCAUUCCAAUUUAUAAGGUCUUUGCAUAUGUAUUUCAUGGGGAAGCAUUUGGUUUACUUUUAGUGGUACUCAUAUCGCUAUCUAUUUCACUUGCAACAGCUGCUAAAUUCACAGGAUCAAGUCGAAAAUUACGUGAUUUUUUGUUCAACAUCGAUCCAUUUCGUGGAAUGUUAGGACAGUCAAUAACUGAAGAACCAACAGCUCGUUUGAGUCUCAAAAUCUUAUACUCUCUGAUAUUUAUGCUUGGAAUCAUAAUGGUAACUUCAUACGAUGCAUUUCUUCAGUCUUUCAUGACCGAACCACCAAAGGAGAAAUUCAUAGAAACCUUUGAGGAUCUUCAACAUUCUGGUUUAAAAAUUCUCGCCUACAAAGCUGAUUUGGACACUUUAAUGUACAAAAUUCGACCAGAUUUUAUGAAAAUCUAUUCGAAUUUAUUUCAAGUCGAAACUGAUUUUGAAAUUCUUACAAAAACUCGAGAUUCUCUAAAUACUAAAUAUGCAUUUACAUCAAGUACAGCUAAAUGGAAUGUUUAUGAUAAUCAACAAAAAUUUUUUGGUCAACAAUUGUUUCGUUGGUCUGAAACAAUGUUGUUAUUGGAAAAAAAGCUAUCAUCAAUUUCGAUGAAUGAAAAUUCAAUUUAUAUGAAAACUUUGAAUAAUCAUAUUUUGGCAACACAAGCUAGUGGAUUAUUGGAUUUUUGGACAAAGAGGGGAUUUUUUGAAUUGAUGCAAGUUGGAAAGAUUGAAAAGUUAGCUAUAAAAUCGAAGUCGACCUCUGAACCAUUGAAAGUGGGAGAUCUUAGAUGGAUUUUUACAGCUUUGGGAUUUGCAUUAGUGUUUGAUAGUUUUUGUUUUAUUGGAGAAAUUUUUAUUUUUAAAUGGAAACGAAGUACUGUGGUUAUUUAA